AUGCUUUAUAGGAACAAAUUUUGGAUCACUUUACUGUUAAUAUAUACGGUUUCGGUAGGCGCAGACGAGCAUUCCCACUCGUAUGAAGACGGUGAGGAUGUGAUAAUAUGGGUCAAUACUGUAGGUCCACGCUCGAAUCGACAAGAAACGUACGAGUAUUUUCAAUUACCAUAUUGUAAGGGAAUUCACGUUGCUGAACAUCAUCAUGAAACAUUAGGCGAAGCAUUGUUGGGUAUGGAGCUGGCUAAUUCUGGGAUUGAAAUGAAGUUUCUUACAAACGAACAAAAUGCAACUAUCUGUGAGAAAGAACUAACAGCAAAAGAUGUAAAUCUAUUCCGUUAUGCAGUUGUUAAUAAUUAUUGGUAUCAGAUGUUUCUUGAUGACCUACCAGUAUGGGGAUUUGUUGGAGAAGUAGACAGUGUCUCGGGUGAUGUGUUUCUAUACACUCAUAGAGAAUUUGAAAUGAGUUAUAAUGAUGACAAGAUUGUUCAAGUGAAGCUUGAAAGUGGAAGUCCUAUAAAAUUAUAUUGGGAUACUAGGGAUAUCCCAGCACGAUUUUCAUAUUCAGUUAAAUGGGUUGAUACUCAAGAUUCGUUUGAUACAAGGUUCGAUAAACUUUUGGACACCGACUUUUUUGAACAUAAGGUAUUUAAAGCUACGGGAUUUGUCAGCAUUAUAUUACUACGCAUGUUAAAGAAAGACUACGCUAGAUAUGAUAAAGAAGAGUUACUUGGAGAUUUGGAUCAUGACUUGGGUGAUGAUUAUGGCUGGAAACAAGUUCACGGUGACGUCUUUCGUGCACCAAAAUCUUUAUUGCUCUUUUCAGCAUUAGUUGGGACAGGUCACCAAUUAGCAUGGUUAACGCUUGUAAUCAUUUUAUACACAAUAAUUGGAAAUUUAUACGCAGAGCGCGCUACUAUUUUGACGGCUUCAAUCUUCUUUUAUACAUUAACUUCAGUUGUUGCUGGUUAUACAAGCGCAAGUACUUAUUACGUGUAUGGAGGUCGUCAUUGGAUAAAGAAUGUUCUAGUCACUGCUUCUUUAUGGCCCGGAUUACUUAGCGUUAUUACUAUAAUUAUUAAUUCCAUAGCCAUAUAUUAUUCUAGUUCACGUGCCAUCCCUUUCACGAUUAUGGUAUUUUAA